AUGCCCAAACUGAUGUGGCCAAUGGGCAUAUUACAAGAUAGAUCAGGGACUGGUAAGAACUCUGGAUGGGCAAGACAGAGAAAUGCAUCUGUUUCCCUGCGGCAAAAGUCAUGGCCUGAGUACCUAGAUAUGCGGCUCGCUCCUAGUACAUUCCGCCAACGAGCUGGCCUUGAUGCUCAAGCAUUGAACAACAGAAUUGGAGACCCCGCCGCCUCCAGAACCUUUGACUUCGCGGUCGGCGGAGAUAGAUUUGUUCCUGCCGCCGAGGGGCACUUCAUUGAAAACACAGGCACCAAGGAUCUGAUUUUCCUCGACGUAUUGCAAGUCCCCGAGUUCAACGACAUCAGCAUUGCUCAAUGGCUUGUGUUAACGCCAAAGCAACUGGUCAAGGAUCACUGUAUCUUCCCGAUUCAGUCAUUGAUGCUUUAG